AUGUCAGGUGGACAUUUUGAUCCCUGUGAAUGUAUUUGGAAUCAUGAGAAUGCUAUGAGGAGACUGAUUCAAAUAUUACGGACGUCUCAGUCACACUGUACAAAUGACCAAUGCCUCCAAGAAAUGCCAAGCUUACCUGAGGGACCUGAUGGUGAUUUUAGUAGUAUGAUGUUCAUUACUUUGGGAUGGAUUGUUAUUGCUACAGCACUAUUUCUGCUGCGUCCUGCAAGUCUUCGGAACACAUCUAGUAUGAAGUCUGACCGGAGAUCAGAUUCGCCAGACACCCAGCCUCCAGCUCCUACUCAGUAA